AUGGGAAUGUUUUUGUCAAAGUUAUCCUUCAGCUCCCAAAAAGUACUACGGUUACUGACGUCGGAUCAUUGCAGCUUAUGUUUUCAUUUUAAGGAUGAUCUAGAUCGAUAUUUAAAGAAGAACAACUUAAAUGUAAAGGUUGAUUAUGUGGAUAUAAGAUCCGAUAACACAUUGUUUGAAGUAAGUUGUACAGGUGAAUUGAUGUUUGCCUUUAGAAAUACAAGUACGAAGUCCCUGUUUUAUUAAUCAACGAGAGGUUUGUCCUUAAACAUCGGUUUAAUCGAGUUCAAUUCGAAGAAGUUCUAAGACAACUGCAAGGCCAAACCGAAGAAUAGGUAUACAGGGGGUUCCGAUAAUUAUCAACGUACAGUUAAUUUAUCUGAGGAAGUUCUCUAUGUAUGUUUUAAACUCGUUGUCUGAAUAAAUUACUAUUUCAACAUUUAUUAUAUAAGAUGUUUAGAUUCAGUGCAUUAUGAUUGCUGUCCAUUGUGGUGUCGGGAAUCAUCUGGAAAAUACUGACAAACUGUGUGCUCAAUCUAUCAAAGAGAGUGGUAAUGAGUGUGUUAAUGCAGUAAUGGUAAAUUCGUUAAGGUAAAUUAUUGUAUUUUUAGUUCCUAGAGAAGGAUCCUCGGACAAACUGCGGAAUUGGAUCAAGUUUGACGAAAAAUGGAAAUGUGGAAUGUGAAGGGGCUUAUAUGAAGUCAGAUGGUCUCCUUUUUGGAGCUGUUGGUGCAUUAUCCAACUGCUUCCAUCCGAGUUUGUUAUCAAAGAAUCUUGUUUUAUCAUCCCAUAAUGGCAACCUAAUAUGGCCAAUGGUAGUUGUGGGUAAAGGAGCGGAUUCCCUGGCUGUUGAAAUGAAUGUUCCCACUUGCACUCAACAAGAUUUGAUUUGUAAAACUUCUGAAUUGGCAGCUAAACGAGCCCGCUUACAACUGGAAUCAUUUGAUACUGUUGGAAGUAUAAGUAUCUCGGUAAGUACCGUCUGCCUUGUAAGAUUUUCCGCAGGAAUCUGGAGAGUGUGAAGCGAGCAUAUCAUCUGGAGGUGUCCUUAUGAAAAAAGACGGGAGAUUGGGACAUUGUACUGCAUUUGGAUCUGGAAUUUGGGCCGAGCACAGGGAGGAAGCAAAAAUGUCUGUUGCAAUUACACUUUCUGGAUGUGGGGAAUGUAUAGUAAGAACAAGACUGGCAGAGAAGAUAGCCGCAGGAUUGUUCAACAAGUAGGGUAGCAUCCCCGUUUGAAUAAAUUUUUUAGCCCCAAUGACAUCCCACUACAAGUAGUCGAAUCAUCAGUUCGGAAAUAUUUCGUUGACUCAUCUGUACUCACACCUUAUAGCUCAUCGCAACGAAAAGUAGGCGGUCUCAUUGGAGUCCAAAUGGACGGAGCUUUCGAAUUAAUUGCUUUUCACAACACCAGGAAUCUCCCUUUGGCUUAUUCAUCUGGCCACAAGAUUAGAAGGCGAAAUCUGAUAGGAUCAGAUACGGAGUUUAUUUAUGAGGCUUUUCACGUCAAUCCAAAAUAG